AGAGCGCCUGCCCGGCUCGCCCGAGCUCGCCGCACCCGCCAUCCCCCAGCCGCAGGACCCCGGCGAGCGCCACUCGGCUAGGCUGCUGCCCUGGCCUCGAGUUGCCUGGCUGAGGCGGGCUUCCACGACGCACGCAAGUCUCUCGUUUUUAAAAAUCUUACCAAAGAAAUAGAUUAAGCUUCAAGCUGGCGGGGACGAUGGGUCACAUAAAGAAAGGCGAGCUGACCCAGGAGGAAAAGGAGCUGCUGGAAGUGAUCGGGAAAGGUACCGUCCAAGAAGCUGGAACACUGUUAUCUAGUAAGAAUGUUCAUGUCAACUGUUUGGAUGAGAAUGGCAUGACUCCUUUAAUGCAUGCAGCAUAUAAAGGAAAACUUGACAUGUGCAAGUUACUUCUGCGCCAUGGAGCUGAUGUCAAUUGCCAUCAACAUGAGCAUGGAUACACAGCCCUCAUGUUUGCUGCACUUUCUGGCAAUAAAGACAUCACGUGGGUGAUGUUGGAGGCAGGCGCAGAGACGGAUGUUGUGAACUCAGUCGGAAGAACCGCCGCCCAGAUGGCAGCCUUUGUAGGUCAGCAUGAUUGUGUGGCUAUAAUCAACAAUUUCUUCCCUCGAGAGAGACUGGAUUAUUACACUAAACCCCAGGGAUUGGAUAAAGAGCCAAAACUGCCUUCAAAGUUGGCAGGACCACUGCACAAAAUCAUUACCACAACGAAUCUCCACCCUGUCAAGAUUGUGAUGCUUGUGAAUGAGAACCCUCUGCUGGCAGAAGCAGCCGCUCUCAGUAAAUGCUACAAGGUGAUGGAUUUGAUCUGUGAGAAGUGCAUGAAGCAGAGAGACAUGAAUGAAGUGCUGGCUAUGAAAAUGCACUACAUCAGCUGCAUCUUUCAGAAAUGCAUUAACUUCCUCAAAGAAGGAGAGAAUAAACUGGAUACCCUGAUCAAAAGCUUGUUAAAAGGCAGGGCAUCUGAUGGCUUCCCAGUGUACCAGGAAAAGAUCAUCAGAGAAAGCAUCAGGAAAUUUCCAUACUGUGAAGCCACCCUCCUCCAGCAGCUGGUGCGAAGCAUUGCUCCAGUUGAAAUCGGAUCGGAUCCAACUGCGUUCUCUGUACUUACCCAAGCCAUCACAGGACAAGUGGGGUUUGUGGAUGUUGAGUUUUGCACCACCUGUGGAGAAAAGGGAGCAAGUAAAAGAUGUUCGGUUUGCAAAAUGGUAAUAUAUUGUGACCAGACCUGCCAGAAGACACACUGGUUCGCACAUAAGAAGAUGUGUAAGAGUCUGAAAGACAUUUAUGAGAAGCAACAGUCUGAAGCUGCCAAACAUAAGAGCCAGGAGGAAAAGAAUGGAAAGCUCGAUGUCAACUCUAACCAUGUUAAUGAAGAUCAACCAGAGGCUACAGUGGACAUCUCCCAAGAAAAUUCCACUCCUGCUGAUUCUGUGGAAGGAGAGAGAGAACCUGGAGGUGAAGCUGGGCUGGCCAGCACACAGGAUGCUCCUGCAGAGCCACGGCUGUCCGAGGAGUAAAAGCUGUCAAUGGUGGCCAGCAUGGGCAGCCUUCAUCCCAGCAGAUAGCUGCAGAACUCAUGUGAAUGUAUCUUCAUUUGCUGUGACACUGCAUGGCCCAGUGGCAGGAGUACACAUCCCUAGACUAGAGGCUUUCAAGCAGAGCUACCUCCCACACCGCGACUUCCUGCUCAUUUCUGGUCUAUAGUUAAACAGGCAUUUCGGUGGAAAGUAUUUUCUUUCAAAACACACAUGCAAAACCAUGUCUGUUCCCUUUAUGGCUUCCCAGCGAUUGUACACAUAGGAAAAUAAACUCCCCUAAAGAAGAAAUCUGGGUUCUAGGGAACAAAGAACAGGAAAAAUGUGAAAGAGAAGUGAUGUUUAGAGAACAAAAUCACAGGCACAGAAACGGGCUGUCAGAAAAGGCAAAACUUACCUGCAAAUAAAGUACAUGUGAGUGGCUUUUAUUGUCCGGCAGUUGGACGUACAAACUGUAAUGAGGAACAGUCAGUGUUCAAAGAACGUUGCCAUAGUUCAGCCUGCUGUAGUUCAAAUGGAAAUUGUCGAGAGCACUUUGAACCUGCCCUUCUUGCAGCAAUAUCCUCUGCAGCAUUUGAACAUUCAGAAAGGUUGGGUCAUGCACUGGGUAGUCACUGUACACACACUUCCUGUAAAAGCACCUCAGGCACCAUACUCUCUCCAAAAGGCCAACUUUCAUCUUCCUACCAACUUUUCAGAAGCUGUCUCCUGUCCAGAAACUGUGACUUAUAGCCGCCAUUUAAAGGAUGUCCCAUUCUGUAUUUUAGUGUGUGUAACAUGUAGGCAAGCUGGAGUGUCAUGUCUGACUAAGGUGCUGUCUUUCAGUUUCCUGUUGGCUUUAAAAUAAAUCUACCUACAUACACAGUU